CCUCUCGAUCGCUCGCGGGUAUUCGCAGGUACGCCGAUCCUCCCUCCGCCUCCACUCUCUGCUCUUAUUCCUCUGAUCCGGCUUCGUGUGGGUCGAUCGCCUCGCGGUUGGCUUCCGAUGCCGAAUCUUAAGCUUAUGCUCCCUUCCUUUUGAAUGAUCGGCCAUCUCGUCGGUCCUGAAAUCUGCAUCGCGAACUAGGAGUUAGAUCAGUGAUAACAUACCUUUCUUUCGUUAUCGAGUGUUUCGAGCAUAUUCUGAAACUGUGAGGACAUCUUUCUCUGUCAUUAUAAAAGGUCUCUUAAGUGUACAAUGUCCAGUUCUACAAAAUAUAUUGAUCCUGCAUUUCAGGGAGUCGGACAAAAAGUAGGAACAGAGAUCUGGCGUAUCGAGGACUUUCAACCGGUACCUUUACCAAAGUCUGAUUAUGGUAAAUUCCACUCUGGAGAUUCAUACAUAAUUUUACAGACAUCUUCUGGCAAAGGUGGUGCAUACCUGUAUGAUAUUCACUUCUGGAUUGGGAAGGAGUCAAGCCAAGAUGAAGCUGGGACUGCUGCAAUCAAGACAGUUGAACUUGAUGCAGUGCUUGGAGGUCGUGCUGUUCAACACAGGGAACUUCAAGGCUUUGAAUCCGACAAGUUCUUGUCAUACUUUAAACCUUGCAUUAUUCCUUUGGAAGGAGGAUUUGCUUCUGGAUUCAAAAAGCCUGAAGUGGAAAAGUUUGAAACACGACUAUAUGUAUGUAGAGGAAAACGAGUUGUCAGAAUGAAGCAGGUUCCAUUUGCCCGGUCAUCACUGAAUCAUGAUGAUGUGUUUAUCUUGGAUACUGAAAAGAAAAUAUAUCAAUUCAAUGGUGCUAACUCUAAUAUCCAAGAAAGAGCUAAAGCUUUAGAAGUAGUACAAUAUUUGAAAGACAAGUAUCAUGAAGGGACAUGUGGCGUUGCUAUCAUUGAUGAUGGAAAGCUGCAAGCCGAGUCAGACUCUGGUGAAUUUUGGGUUCUUUUUGGUGGCUUUGCACCAAUUGGCAAAAAGGUAGUCAAUGAAGAUGAUAUUAUUUUGGAAGCCAGUCCUGCAAAACUUUAUAGUAUCAACGAUGGUCAGUUAAAGUUGGAAGAGAAUACACUUUCUAAGGCAAUGUUGGAGAACUAUAAAUGCUAUUUACUGGAUUGUGGGGCUGAGAUAUUCAUUUGGGUUGGGAGGGUGACACAAAUUGAAGAGAGAAAAGCUGCCAGCAAAGCUGCUGAGGACUUCAUCAUCAAUCAAAACAGACCAAAAACUACGCGUAUCACUCAAGUUAUCCAAGGUUAUGAAACACAUUCAUUCAAGUCCAACUUUGAAUCAUGGCCAGCUGGUACAGUAACUGGAACAGGAACUUCUAGCGGAGAGGAGGGACGAGGAAAAGUUGCAGCUUUAUUAAAGCAACAAGGUGUUGAUCUUAAGGGAAUUUCAAAAGGCUCUCCUAUAAAUGAGGAAGUUCCUCCUUUGCUUGAAGGCGGUGGAAAACUUGAGGUUUGGCGCAUCAAUGGUAGUGCCAAGAACCCAGUUCCAAAGGAAGAGAUUGGUAAAUUUUACAGCGGAGAUUGUUAUAUUGUCCUUUAUACAUACCAUUCUAGUGAGAAGAAAGAGGACUACUUCUUAGCUUGUUGGAUGGGAAAGGAUAGUAUUCAGGAUGAUCAAAUGAUGGCGACUCGAUUGGCUAAUACAAUGUGGAGUUCCUUAAAAGGAAGACCUGUGCAGGGUCGCAUUUUUCAAGGGAAAGAACCACCACAAUUCAUUGCACUCUUUCAGCCAAUGGUUGUCUUGAAGGGUGGAAUCAGUUCCGGUUACAAAAAGUUCAUUGCAGAUAAGAACCUGAAUGAUGAAACAUAUACUUCUGAUGGCAUUGCACUAAUUCAAGUAUCUGGUACAUCAGUCCACAACAAUAAGGCAGUUCAAGUUGAUGCGGUGGCAACAUCAUUGAGUUCCACUGAUUGCUUCAUUUUGCAAUCUGGAAAUUCACUAUUCAUAUGGAGUGGAAGUUCAAGUACUUUUGAACAGCAACAGUGGGCUGCACGAAUUGCAGAACUUUUAAAGCCAGGUGUUACUCUGAAGCAUGUCAAAGAGGGAACAGAAAGCUCUGCUUUCUGGUUUGGUCUGGGUGGAAAGCAAGGUUUUACCAGCAAAAAGAUCACCCAAGAUAUCAUUAGAGAUCCUCACUUGUAUACUUUUUCAUUUAAGAAAGGAAAACUAGAGGUUACUGAGGUUUUCAAUUAUUCUCAAGAUGAUUUGUUAACAGAAGAUAUGUUGGUACUUGAUACACAUGCUGAGCUCUUCGUUUGGAUUGGACAGUCUGUGGAUUCCAAGGAGAAGCAAAAGGCAUUUGAUAUAGGGCAGAAGUACAUAGAGCUUGCCACAUCACUAGAAGGUUUAUCCCCAGAUGUACCACUUUAUAAAAUCACAGAGGGCAACGAACCUUGCUUCUUCACGACAUAUUUCUCUUGGGACAAUGCAAAGGCUAUGGUUCAAGGAAAUUCUUUUCAGAAGAAGCUAUUACAUCUAUUUGGUAAUGCUAUGCAUGCUUCAGAGUCCAAAGAUAAAUCUACAAGUGAUUAUCAUGGUGGACCCACUCAAAGGGCAUCAGCCCUUGCAGCAUUAUCAUCUGCGUUCAGUCCAUCUUCCAACACUAAAACAACAGCACCAAGGCCAUCACGACCAAGCCGAGGGUCACAGCGAGCGGCUGCUGUUGCUGCACUGUCUUCAGUUUUAACUGCUGAACAAAAGAAGGGAGAAUCAGAAACCUCCACAACAAGAUUCAGCAGAAGCCCUUCCCCUGGUCCACAUGUGACUGUAAACGAUUCUGCAAAGACUGAUAGUGGAGGUUCAGAGUUGGGGGCUUCCCUUGGGCUUUCACUGGAAACGGAAAUCACAGAAGGAGAUAGCACCAUAUCAGAGAGCACCAUUUCAGAUACGGAGGUGGCACAGGAUCCAGAGAUAGUUAAAAAUGGGGGUGAAACUGCCUUCGGCUACGAGCGCCUGAAAGCCAAGUCCAGCAAUCCUGUCAGAGGAAUUGACUAUAAACGAAGAGAGGCCUACUUGUCUGAUGAUGAGUUCCAGACAGUUAUGGGAAUAACUAAGAAGGCAUUCUAUCAACAACCCAAAUGGAAACAGGAUAUGCAGAAAAGAAAGAUGGAUCUCUUCUAAGCUUGUGCAUCCUGGAGUCACCAGACUCAUCCGGCUCAUUCUGCUGAGUAUCGCCACAAUCUGCUUGCUUUCUGGUUUGUUCAGUUCUUUUGUUGAUCUGCUGUCACACCAUGAGCUCUCUUGCUUUGCUAUUUGUUGAGGAGCAAUGCUUGUUUGUUGAGGUGCCAUUCUUUUAUUUGUAUUUAUCAUCCAAGUCGGGUUGCUUGAGUAAAUAGUUUUCGUGUGUAGUUUCUUACUAUGAGUGAUCUAUGUAUAGGUUGUGUUUGAUAGAUACGGACAGUGCUUAAGCAUGGAGGUAUUUGUCCAUCCUGUACUAAGUAUCUUAAACACGUUCCUGUUCUGUAACUCUUAUUGAUCUUUUAAUGUUUGUGUUUUGGCUAA